AUGGAGACGGAUAUCCAUGACAUGGCUGAGGACGUCAACCUUCUCCUCCCUGUCGUGGAGACAGUCUUGGACAAAAUUGACCAAGUCCACCAAGACAUGCCCACCAAGGAAGACCUCACCCAUGACAUCUCUAAUGUCGAAGAUGAGGUGUGUGAAGUAAAAAGGGAGAAAGACCAGCCUGAACAAAUUACCGAGGAAACUAAAGCUAAAACUGUUGUUGCCACUGAGGUUGAUGCUGACCCUCUAGCUGUGAUCCCUCAAUAUGAGGAUGCCAUCACAUUUAACGAAGCUAAAGCUGAUACUAACGCUGAGGAUGAUGAUGAUGUCGUUAUAUCUCUAACUAUUAACGAAGAUCUUCCCAUCACCUCUGCAUUAAGUGUUGGUGAUGAGGAAUAUGAUGCAGAUGAAGAUCUUCCUCUCCCUGACGCUGAACAGGACCUUAGUGAUGAUGAUGAUGAAGACAACAAUGAUGACGACAACUUCACAAUUCAGUAUCACUCAUGA